AUGAUGGGCGGCGAUACGUUGGAUGAUAUAAUCAUGCAGAACAACGAGGAGAUUCAACGGCGACGAAAACUACAAGGGGAUCGCAGGUCGUCGAUGAUGGAGUUUGGCUCGACUGAUAACAACCUCCACGGCUUUCAAUUCGCGCCAACGUCAGGCGCCGGUAAUCCUAAUCUACGACGGCAAUCUACAGGUGAAUUGGAUACGGCUGGUUACGUGGAUAUGAAUCCUGGAAUGGAUAUGCCAGACCCUCAAAUGGGUUACGUUUCAUCCAUGCAAACCGAACCUUUAACGAUCGAUGGGAACGUGUUCCCCGGUAUGUCUCCAGGGUUGGUUCAAGGAAUGAUGGGAUAUGGUUCUAUGGGUAUGGAAGGUAUAGUAGAAGAUCCUUCGGCGAUGGACAUGUUUCCACGCACCGACUUCUCGCAGCCUUUCGAUUCCAGUAUGGCGCCCAUGCCCAAUGAUUUCAUGGUCACAGGGUCCAUGCAAGAAGGUCCAUCUUCUCAUGGGGAAGAUAUGCGUGGCAAUGAUGAGAUUGAUAUGACAUCUGGUAUGCCAGCUCCUCCUGUCUCCGAUAAUAGUCUGGUUAGCUCGCCCACGACUAUGGACAUGGGUCAGAAUAUGGUGGAUUACAACUCUCCCGUUGCUCCAGUGAACACAGGUAUAUCGAACGUUGCAACUCAGGAGUCUGCAUACAGCAUGCCAGCAGAGACGGCUUCAACCAUGCCUCGAGAAGUGGGGACUGUGACAAAACGAGAACCGGAGCCAUCUCGGUACGAAAAUGUCUACUCUGAUAGCGGCUUUGACAUGCUGAGCGCCUUGGUUAAAGUUGCAACAAGGAAGAAUCCAGAAAUCAAUAUCGGAAAGGUUGACAUGUCAUGUGCCUUCGUUGUCUGCGAUGUUACACAAGACGAUUGUCCUAUAAUUUAUGUUUCACAUAUCUUUGAACGCUUGACCGGGUAUACCAAGUUCGAAAUCUUGGGACAGAAUUGUCGAUUUCUUCAAUCACCAGAUGGAAAAGUGCAGGCUGGCGCCCGAAGAGAAUUUGUGGACAAUAAAUCAGUCCACUAUCUCAGCAUCAGCAUAGCGGAGAGAAGAGAAGCUCAGCGUAGUUUGAUCAAUUAUCGCAAGGGGGGGCAGCCCUUCAUGAAUCUUUUGACGAUGAUACCCAUCACUGGAGAGGAUGAUAAAGAAAUCAAAUAUUAUGUUGGAUUUCAGGUCGAUUUGGUGGAAAAGCCCACUUCCGUGGAAGGUAAAAACAUCAAUGGGAUGUAUACUGUCGACUAUACACAGUCCGAAUUACCACAGUACAACUGGCAUCCACCAGACAAUAUGCGCUCCCAUGGGGAUGGUAGCCAGACGAUCAGCCGUGAUGAUGUUUCUACCGUCUUGAGUUCCAUCAACAAUAAGACCGAAUCGGAAUUGACAAGGAAAUUGCGGGAUAAGAUGCUUCUGGAAAAUACAGACGAUGUAGUCCAUGUUCUUUCCCUCAAAGGCCUCUUCCUCUACUUGUCACCUUCAUGCCACCAGGUCCUGGAAUAUGAUCCUUCGGAGCUUGUUGGGACAGCAUUGUCAUCGAUCUGUCAUCCAAGUGACAUUGUGCCAGUUACCCGAGAGUUGAAGGAUACAAGCGCUGGGGAGCCGGUAAGCGUUGUGUUCCGAAUACGACGGAAGAAGAGCGGCUACACUUGGUUUGAAAGCCAUGGUACACUCUGCGUCGAGCAGGGCAAGGGGCGAAAAUGCAUCAUCCUGGUCGGAAGAGAACGGCGCGUUUAUACACUCGCUCGUCAUGAUAUCGAGUCAGCUGGGGGAAUUGGCGAUAACGAGAUGUGGUCGAAGCUGUCAACUUCUGGCAUGUUCUUAUUCGUGUCCUCACACGUGCGGACGCUUCUUGAUCGAUCACUUGAUGACUUAAUUGGAACCAGCUUUCAAGCCUUGAUGCGGUCUGAAUCAAGAGUUCAAUUCGGCCGUGCUCUCGAGAAAGCAAGAACCGGGAAGCGGGUGACAUACAAACACGAGAUCCUCAAUAAGAGAGGUUUGGUCAUGCAAGCCCAAACAACCUUAUACCCCGGUGAUGCUGUUGAAGGCCAGAAACCGACCUUCCUCGUAGCCCAAACGCGACUACUGAAAGCUUCAUCUCGAGCUGUUGCACCAGCCCUCGGCCCUCCAGGUAACUCAAAGCCGAUGAGCUCAGUAGGAAAUCAAUCAUCCGCAGAAGGAACAUCAUUCAGCCAUUCAUCCUCAAUGGUGAGUCAUGGAGGGUUUACUCCCGCAUCCAGUGAGUAUAUCCCAGGUCCAAUAACUCAUGCUGGCGGGCUAGGACUUCCAAUUGGAAGUCAAGGUUUGGCUCUCGCCUCCGAGGACAAUAUUUUUGAUGAGCUGAAAACAACACGCUGUACAAGCUGGCAAUUUGAGCUGCGACAAAUGGAAAAGAGUAACAGGUUACUCGGAGAAGAAUUGGUUGCUCUCUUGUCCAACAGGAAGAAACGGAAGCGUCGGAAAGGAGCAGGAAAUCUUCAGCGCGAUUGCGCGAAUUGCCAUACCCGCGUGACACCAGAAUGGAGACGAGGACCGAGUGGGCAGAGAGAUCUGUGUAAUAGCUGUGGACUACGAUGGGCAAAACAGGUAAGUCGGAAUGCUUCUGAU